UGUUCGGUUGGCUAUAACGAUUGUGCCACAUAACCUACCCUUAAACUUAACUUGUCAACAACACUGACAAACGUCACAACCAUCAAAAAUUUUUGUUAUUCCAUUUUUAAAACACAACAUUUGAAAAUAUGCAGCUGCUGUUCAAAUUCAUAUCCACAUCAAAUAUCUAAGGACAGCCCCAAGGGACGUGUCCAAAUCAUUCAUAAAUGUUCAUAGACGAUGAACUUCAUUAAACUAAAAUUAAAGAAGAAAGUUGGGAAAUCAUCUACAUUAAGGCAGCAACAGCAAGACACUAACGACAAGAUGCAAUCUAGGCAUUCCUCAACUUCGGGAGUAUUGAUGGUAGGCCCAAAUUUCAGGGUCGGCAAGAAAAUCGGUAGUGGCAAUUUUGGAGAACUGAGAUUAGGAAAGAACCUCUACAACAAUGAGCAUGUCGCCAUUAAAUUGGAACCUCUUAAGUCUAAAGUACCGCAGUUGCAUCUGGAGUAUAGAUUUUAUCAAAUGUUAGGAGAACAGGAAGGUAUUGCUAAAAUAUACCACCUCGGUAUAUGCGGUGGAAGAUACAAUGCUCUGGUGAUGGAACUCCUCGGACCAACUUUAGAAGACCUCUUUUCGGUCUGUAGCAGACGAUUUAAACUUAAGACAGUACUACUCAUAGCUGACCAGUUAAUAACUCGUUUGGAGUACGUUCAUAGCAAGAGAUUAAUAUUUCGUGAUAUUAAGCCUGAGAAUUUUUUGAUCGGAAGGUGGAGGACCAAAAAAGAUAAGAUAAUUCAUAUUAUUGAUUUCGGAUUGGCCAAGGAGUAUAUAGAUCCUGAUACUGGGAAGCAUAUACCAUAUAAGGAACAUAAAUCUUUGACGGGAACGGCCCGCUACAUGAGCAUCAACACCCAUAUGGGUCGGGAGCAGUCCCGGCGAGAUGAUUUAGAGGCGUUGGGACACAUGUUCAUGUACUUUUUGAGGGGCUCGCUGCCGUGGCAGGGCCUCAAAGCUGAUACUUUAAAGGAGCGGUAUCAAAAAAUCGGCGAAACGAAAAGGUCCACGACGAUCGAGAGCUUGUGCGAAGGUCAACCCGAGGAGUGGGCCACGUACUUGAGAUACGUUCGGAAGUUGGAUUUCUCCGAGACGCCGGAUUAUGAUUAUUUGAGGAAGAUAUUUAGGGAUUUGUACGAGAAAAAAGGGUACUCUGAUGAUAUGGUCUUCGAUUGGACGGAUUCUCUAAUAGCUUUCUUUAGGAGAAUGAUUUGGCUGUUGAGAGGGUUGCUUUCACUAGUGCGUUUCUGUCAACACUGUCAUGGGGACAUCUAAAAUCCACAAGCAAAUGAUAAAGUUUCAUGGUUUAGUCCGGACGAAAGGAAGGAAAGCCAAAGAGACAAGCCGAAGAUAUGAUUAAUAAAAGACGUUUACUAUGUUAUUGUGGUAAUUCACAGAAAUAUUUGUAAAACGUGAAAUAUAUUAUAAUUUAUUAAAAUGUUACCAUAAA